ACCCCUUAGUUGCUGUAAGCACGGAAUUCAAGUCGCUCUUUCCUCCCCUCUGGAAAAGCGCUGAAUCCGCAGCCGCGCAGCGCCAAGGAGUUCAAAGUCACGUGGCAGUUGGUGAAACUGUCACUCCAGCCCAUAAAAAAAAAGUGUAAUUUGAAGAAAGAGAACAAAGGAAUCAGAGAGACUAUAAACCCCCUCCUGGACAUCCCUCCGUCACUCACUCGCUCCCGAGCAGGCUGCUCGCUCCUUCUGCCCCGCUGGACGAGAGGAAGAUGCUGUCCCCUCUGCUCCUGGCGGGCGUGCUCGCCUUGCCUCUUUGCGCUCAUUCUCUGCCAGUUACCGAGGGGAAAGGCACCAACAGGUACAAAGCAGCAGGGGAAUGGCUCCAGAAAUCCCGCUUCUACAACAUGAAGAAAAGAGGGCGGCUGCACCACUCCCAGGAGACGCUGAAGGACAUAGCCAGCGGCAAAGGAGGCCUGGGCAGCACAGCCCUGCCUGGCAACGGCUCGGCGUUUUGGAAGAGGCCCCGCUGUGGUGUCCCCGAUUACCCCACGCAUAGAGGAGCGCACGGCGGCCACCCACGGCAGAAGCGAUUUGUUCUUUUCGGGGGCCGCUGGGAGAAGACGGACUUGACUUACAAGAUCAUGCGCUUCCCCUGGCAGAUGGACAAAGAAAAGGUGCGGCAUGCAUUCCAAGAGGCUCUGAGGGUGUGGAGUGAAGUCACCCCACUGACCUUUACAGAGGUCACCAGCGGGAGGGCUGACAUCAUCAUUGACUUCACAAGAUACUGGCAUGGAGACAACCUCCCUUUCGACGGCCCAGGUGGAAUCCUGGCCCAUGCCUUCUUUCCCCGAACGCACAGAGAAGGCGACAUCCACUUUGACUAUGAUGAGACCUGGACAGUCGGCAACAGUAUGGGAACGGACCUGCUGCAGGUGGCUGCCCAUGAGUUUGGCCACGUCCUGGGUCUGCAACAUUCUCUUGUGCCUGGUGCGGUGAUGUCACCCUUCUACAGCUUCUCCUACCCCCUGGCGCUCAGUGACGAUGACAAGCAAGGCAUUCAGUACCUCUACGGCCCGCGCCAAUACAGUGAGCCCCAGACCACCACUAUGACCAACGAGAUCAUCGUCACUACACCGAACGCCUGCGACACGGACUUCGACGCCGUGUCCAUGAUCCGGGGCGAGCUCUUCUUCUUCAAGUCCCGCUACGUGUGGCGCAUCCGGGCCGGGCGGCUGCAGGAGGGGUACCCCGCCCUGGCAUCGCGCCACUGGAGGGGAAUUCCAGACCGCGUCGACGCGGCCUUUGAAGACGGCUCCGGCAAUAUUUGGUUCUUUCAAGGUCAUAACUACUGGGUGUAUGAUGGGGAGAAGCCGAUCACUGGCCCAGACUCAGUGAGUAGCCUGGGGCUGCCCAUCUCUAACAUCCAGGCCGCCCUGAUGUGGGGCGAAGACAAGAACAAGAAGACCUACUUCUUCAAGGGCAGCAGCUACUGGCGCUUCAACCCCACAGCCAACCGUGUGGACAUGGUCUACCCACGCAGCUUAGCGGACUGGAGGGGCGUCCCUACGAGCAUUGAUGCCGCCUUCCAGGACAGCUAUGGCUAUGCCCAUUUUCUGCAAGGAAGGCAGUACUGGAAGUUUGAUCCUGUGACAGUGAAGGUCCUGGAUGGAUACCCACGUCAGAUUGGAGUGGAUUUCUUUGGUUGUCCUACGUCCAAUAAUUACCGAUAAGAACACCGCUAUCUGAAGGGAGCAACAACACAAGAGACUUUCUGUGCAAAAGGAUGUGUAACAGUUCAUGUUUUUUGUACUGGUGCUAAUUUUAACAUUCUAGCCUCAGUUUUGUGACCUCAUCCUUUCCUGGGCAUGUUCUCAGUUUUUAUCAAGGUCUUCCAACCCUAUUUUUUUUACAGUCAGGCAAUCUUGUUACAAUAUAAGUAAAGUAUUUUCAAAACGACAUAUUCUUCAAACUAUGGAAAACCAAACUUAUUCCUUUAAAUAUUAAUUAACUGCAGUCCUUCACACUGCAAGAAGACCCAGUUGGAUUUUGAGUUUUUUUGCACUCUUCCAACUCAGAUUACCAAGUAACACUUAUUUCUGCUGUGAAAUCCAUGCUAUGCUCUGCUAAUACUGUAAACCUUUACAGCUUUUUUUUUUGCAGUCUUUCAACAAAAGGCCCAGAACUCAAAGGUAUAAUUUCAUCUCAGGAAAAUAAUGCAUUAGAAUACACAAUGAGUGGGUCAUGUAGCAGUUUUUGUUUAAAGACAGUAUUUCCCGUUUUUUAUAAUCUAUCAUUGUGCAACCAAUAUUCAGGAAAAGGGAAUCUGAUAUAUUUUUUCAAUAUCUCAGAAAGUGCAGUAAUGUUCAUGAACUAGUCAGUAGCUCAACCAGCAAUUAUCUUCAGAUACCCUGGAUUUCAGCAGUGACCCUGUAGCAUCCUAAUCCACAUUUAAAGUUAACUCUAAAUCACCACUUUCUUUUCUUAUUGAACUGUUCUUAUUGUUCAAGUUAUUGAAUAAUGAAACCAAGUUGGAUUAAGGUGACUCCUAUCCUUGAGAGUUUUCUCUGUAAAUUGCUUGAUUUAACACUCCAUAUGCAACUGAUCCCAAACAGACCUAUAGUUUAGUUCUAAACCUUUAAGAGUUGAUGAAUUAAUGGUGAUCUAGAAGACCUGUUGAACAGAGGCCCGUCAGAAUCUAGGCUGGAGAUGCCUGCCUUCAAGUAUCUAGUGUAUCCACACACCAUGAUCCAGGAUACCUCUCAGCAGAAGAAAAUUUCCCUGUAUAUGAGAUUGUAAAUCUGGAAUGGUUAUCAGUUCCAUCUGAACAUGAUUAUUCUUUCUGAUCCACUUGGACACAUUGAUUCUAACUGCCAUUUGGGCUCACAAGACUCAUGACUUACAUAAAUCACAUUUGGUAGCUCCAGGACCAUUUACACAGAACGCAUAAUAACUGUAUACAUGACUAAAACUAUGUAUGAGAGUGAUGCAGCACAUUCUGAUCCAAAAACAGAUUUCCCCUUUUUAACAUUUGUAUUUAGACUCGGUGUUUGAAUGUGAUGUACAACUAUUAUUAUGAUGCUGGGAGGGUCUGUUUUAAUGAUUUAACUGUAUCUAAGAUCUAAACCACACAGAAUAAACAAUACAGAUAACCUGUGUUUGCAUAGGAAGAAGAAAUACACUGUAAGGUUUUUAACAGACCUUGUGCCUGAAAUAUUAUCAGAUGAGCCCUAGUCGAGAUACUGUAUUGAUCCUUGAAAUGUAGCAGCAUAAAAUCUGUAUUUUCUACAAGUGUAACACUCUUUCUAAAACUGACUGAGCUUCAGGGUGUUGUGCUUGGAAAACCGCCAUACUUAUUCAAUUUGAUACUGUAAAGGAGGAAAUGAAUUAGGACUGUAAACAUGAUAGAUUUUCAACUUUUACACUGGGAACUAUCCACAAGUACAGUUAUAAUUCAAAUGCAUUUUUAAUAGAUCAGUGUGAUCCAUUAUCCAUAUUUCCUUGUCAAUAUUCCAUAUUCAUUGAUAUCCGUGAUGAAUACCCACAUAUCUGUGAAUAUUCCCAGAAAAUCCUUUUCCAAAGACUGUUUCUAAAAAGUGCCCUAAGUACAGGAGGCCUUUGGGCAAAUGCAAAGUUUGAUCAUUCUUUCUGAAGGCACUUAAACUAAUGUCUCACACUUGAGACAGAACCAAGUUCUCAGAAUAUCUGUAAUACAUUUCUGCCUUUGUGAAAAAAGGCCUUUCAGAACCAAAGCAUUUGCUCUUUCGCAGAUAACAAAUGGCAUGGUCUAUCAGUGCAGGACACUGAUCAUUUAUUUUCUCUAAUGUCUUUUUUGUACUGUGUUAUAAUACUAUGUGAUAGCAGUAUUCCACUUAGUAGGGUAAAGAGCCCUUCAAAUGUCUUAGAACAACUAGAUAAAAUCAAGUCUGUAACCAUUUAAUUUCUCUAGCACUGGUAGUCUUGGCUACAGAUUUACACCUUAGCACAUAAACACUGUACAGCACUCGUUCACUGUUAUUUUUAACUAAAGAUCUCCUGAAAUGUAACUUUGAUCUUUAACUUAAUCAUCCACAUUUCUUAUGAUUGUGUUAGCCCAAAUAUAUUUACUGUGUAAAUACAUCUGUAUAAAUUCCAGUACAGUAUUUUUGGUACGAAUUAAAUUGGUUGUUUUUUCCCAUA